CCAAAUGUAUUUUCUCUUCUCGCUUUGCUAAAAAUUUGCAAAAAUAAAAGUUAUUUUAAAUAAAAAAAACUUUAAUAAAAAAUAUUUAGGUCAUCUACGUGAUUCAGCAUACGGACACUCAACGGACUAUUAGCUCAUCACAUUUCAUAAUCUGUACCACAGCCCGGUGCGCCCUUGAAGCUGGUUUGAGUGGUAGCGACUAACAGACGCCAUCGCCCAGUAUACAUACGAGUAUUUCGUACACCAUGUCAAGAAGUGUGCGCGCCGAGACCCGCAGCCGUGCUAAGGAUGACAUUAAACGCGUGAUGCAGGCGGUGGAUAAGGUGCGUCACUGGGAAAAGAAAUGGGUGACCAUCAGUGAUACGACCAUGAAGAUCUACAAAUGGGUUCCCAUUUCGUGCAACAGUGAGAAAAAAUCGAAGCUGCUGCUCAACAACAAAAUUAGCGACAAGGAGAACUCUCAAAAAGGCACACCCACACCGCCGCAAAUAACGCCAAGUUAUGCCGGCCUAACAGCCGAUGAUUCCAAUACCUGUUUUUCAGUUGUAAGCGACAGUCAAGGAGCUGAUUUUGCGUCAAGCAUGCCCUUCUCUGAGGACUCGAAUUCACAGGGUAGCGAUGGGCCAGUAAAGCGCUUAAAAACGAGUGAUUAGCUAUACAUGCACAUUCACAGCAGCUACAGUAGUAACUAAGUAACAUAAUCAGGUGUGUUCCCGAACCAACUUCCAAUUUCUGGAACACUCCUGAUAAACUUAUGCGCGCAUGUGUGUGUGUUAGCGUGUGCACGCGGAUGCGAAUGUAAUUAUUUUUUUUUUUAUAUACAGAUAUAAGCUUAUUACGAUUAUGAGUUCGAAGAUAAUCAUCUGCCUCACCAAGACUUAAGCAAUUCUUCUAAACGUCGUCUAACCAUAAGUAAAUAUGUACAACAAGCUACUAUAUAUAUGUAUAUAUAUGCAACGAUAUAUAGUAGUUAUAAUACAGCAAAAAUAGUUAAGAUUAAGGCAGCCUUUUGUAAACGUGUAAACCCUUAGCGCCCUCAUUAUGUCUAGGUUGUAGUAUUAAGCACAAAUAUUUUUCGAUUUAUUUAUUUGCCCAAAAUAUUCAAUAAAACUGCCCAUAAAUGACAAAUGUAAGCAAUGAA